AUGUUUUUUUUUUGUCAUGUUCUAAAACGUGCAACAGUGGCUCUGCUUAAUUCUCUCUGUGGGUUUGUUAGGGUAAUUUUGUUCACAUUGGAUUUUGCACAUUGUGUUAAGAUGGGUAAAAGAUACAUGUGGGUAAAUCAUACCAUUAUCGGUAAUUAUGAUUUAAAACGAGCAUUUAGUCCAAUUGUAAGCACAGCCCAAAAAUCUUGGUGUAUGGAAAAACACUUUCUACAUGACUUGUACCCUUCAAAAUUAAUAAUUUAUGCCUUCCUUGUCUUUAUUUCAGAGUCCAUGUAA